AUUGCUUUUUCAUCAUGGCUAAAGGAAGAGGCCUGAUAAUCUGCGUGUCUGUUGCUUAUAUUAUUUUGGGCGCUUCCAUGGCUUUUUGUGGCGCCUUUCAAAUUAUUCUUCAUCUGAGAUAUCUGUGGUUGGACUCUGUCUACGCUGGUGUCUGGGUUGGGAUGUGGGUAAGUAAGUAUCAGUAUAUGGUGUACUUGUAUCUCAUAGCAGCAGAAAAUGCACGAUCUCUUCCUCUUAAACUCAUUAACGAAUUGUCAAGAGAAAAGAAGGGCAGCUCACUGGAAUAUUGAAUAUUGAUCGCCAUAAAAUCAUCGAACGUACUAAGCUUUCACCUUCUUGCGGAGGAAAAGUUCACUAGUUGAAAUGCUUCAUCUCACUUCCGAGAUUUCGACACCAAUUUUUGGUCUAAAACAAUGAAAACUUGGUUUUAAAUACACAUUUGGUGUUUCGUGGAUGUUCAACACUAUAAAUGCGUGUGCGUUGACAAAAGAGAACGUUCAAAUCGUUAACACUGUUAUCAUAUAGGGAUAUGGGUAGCACCCUUCAUCUCACUAAGCAAAACGACCUCUUCUUACGAUUCGGUGCGAUUGUUGCGAAUAUUUGAUUGUACAAAGGCUCGGGAAAUCCUUAACUAAAGUUAACUACAUUUUAAAUACACGAAAGAAUUGAGGCUGACACAAAAACCCACUUUCAAAGGGGCAACAUGAUAUGCGGAAGUAUGGCAAUUGUAGAAAGUGUAGAGUCCAUAAGACGCCUUGAAAUUUGAAACAAUUUAAAAGGCUUGUCGAAUAAAUUUGAAACACUGGGACUUAAGUGAAUAAUAGUCAGUUUAAAUUACUAAAUUUAUCGUGAUAUACAAAUAUUCAGUUGCACUUAAUUAAUAGAUUUUUUCUUUAUGAAUGGGAUCUCUAAAUUUUAAUAUUGAUGAUGAUAUUUAUAUAUUUUUAUCGUUGAUGCCCACCAUUCUAAGACUAAUUCGUUUCCUACAGGUUUUGUUUACAGUAAAUUUUUCAUACGAAAACUAAAUGUUUAAGAAACGCUUGAACUAUUAAAUAACACGUACUUCAUGAUCAGCCGACACAACAUUCUAGAAAAUAAAUAUAAUGUAAUUUUUUGUUGUCUGACUGAUUACUAUAACCUUGACACUUAGAGAAGACAUUUGAGAACUUUAUCUGUGCAUUAUUUAUUGACCUCACUAGCCCUAAAGCGUUGUUUUGCAGUAACUGAUAGCACUUAUAAAUGCGCAUCUCAAUGUCUAAGUAAAGUAAAGUGGAGAUUCAUUAAGAUGGAUUGGUUUGUUCGAAGUUUAUUUUUCAUUAACAUCGAUCAAUGCAGUAAAAUGGGAGAUCAACAGGGCUUGAAAAAAAAGUUUAUGACAAUCGCAUCUCAUCAAACAGGGAAGAGUUAGGUGAACGUCAUGAAAAUUAAGCCGUCUUAAAUUGUUCAAAAUUGUAAUUUUAAGCUUCAAUACAUUUGGAGAAAAUUCCGUACUAUUCUAGUACUGUAGCCGGUUCAUUCUAGUGAAAGAUCCCGCAAAUCAGUCAUACCGCAGUCAUAUUUCCCGAACACUUCCUUGAAGGCCUCUUGAGUCGUAAUUUUGGUGCUGAUUUCUUGCAGAUGAUCGUCACAGGAAUCAUGGGUAUUAUCUCCAGUUUUAAUAAGUGCGCCACAUACUUUGUAAGUACCACUGGAAAUCGAGUCACUUUACAUACAAAAAUACUAUUAUUGAAUUUAGCUACUAGUUUUAGAGGUAUAAUGACCCCUGAAAAGUUAAUGUACAGUAACUGUUGGAAACAGUGGAGAGACUGAAAUUUGCUUGUCGCCACGGCCGCUUGUGUUGUGCGCUCUCUCUAUUUGAAUUUCGUGCUAUCUAUAAAGAUGAUGCGGUUGCCAUGGUACCGUAAAAACCAUAAAACUGACACAGCUCACUUCUGAAACGAGAUCUAUUUAUGAAUUUCGUGCUGAUUUUAUUUAACCCGCGGGAUGAAGAAUUAAAUGCAGAGAAGACCAUUACAGUUAAAAACGUAUCUUACUGCAGUUACGAAAAGAGAGCUUGAAAAAAUUUUCAGGCUAGUCUGGGAUUUGAACCGCCUGCCCUCUGCGAUACUCGGUGCUGCGCUUACUUCUGUUGAGUCAGAAGCUCAAGAACUACGCAACUCCUUUUGUUUUCUCGUUUUUGUUAUCGUCGUCGUUAUGGUUGCAUAUAUAAAGCUCCGAUCAAUAGUUAAACACCACGACCGUCAAGUGCUUUCCAUCCUUUCAAAUGAUUGAUUCUCAUGGUUCUUGCUAAAAGCUGGUCACUCCUGAGUGCUCAAUUAUGAUAUCCGAUGAUCAGCCAAUUUUUUUUUGUAUUAUUUCAGAUUUUUGUCUUCAUGAUCUUUUCUUUCAUAUCCACCUUGCUGGGUUUGGAAAUCGUUAGCUAUUACACCUACACCGGCGCUGCUCAUUGGAGUGUUUAUUUGAGCUCCCGUAAUUACCUGAUCAUCGCUUCAGUCACUUGUUUCUUCGCCAUUGUGGAGAUCAUCACAGGGAUCUGCGCAUUGUACUUUAGUUACGUGCUCCGUCGCAACGUAAGAUAUCUUAUUUUUCUUCUUCAUACAUCACGCAGCUGGUUUAUAAACAGAUUUAAAGCCUUAAACACUGAAAAAACUGGACCUUUUAAAAACUCAAUAAAAUGUCUAUAACUUUUUAAUUUAUAGCACUUUUUAUAAAGGUGCAAAUCUUCCCCUCUUUCUCACAAGGAAGCAAAAUGUCUGUAAAAUCAUUUUUGCAGACAUUUUAAGGAGUUCUUUUCAAUAAUCAUAACAAGAAUGAUUACGAAAAGUCUUUAAACUAUACCUGCGGAAAAUUAUUAGCGGAAAAAUUUGCUGGGAGAUUAAAAGCCAGUUGGAAACGGCGAAAUAUUUUAAAUAUAUAGUAAAUUAAUCUGUGAGCCUAUUUUCGAAUUAUACAAUAUCAAAUUUUGUCCUGACCCGACCCAGGGUUCUCUACUCUGAGAAGCACCAAGCAAACUUAUUAAGAAACCUUCCUCAAUUGGCUUAAUUAAUAUCCUGGUUCUUAAAAAGGUAAAUUCCAGAGGGUCCCUGAAAGACUGAUUAGCGCUAAUCCAGGAUAAAAAAUUGGUUCUACUUUUGAAUUUACCUUCCUUUUUCUCUGGUAUUUUACAUUCCACAAAAACAGGUACGGAGGAUUGCCGCAGAAAAUGCUUCAGCGCAAGUAAGUGAUGUUGUCUGCUGCAAAUCGUGGACACCAAAUUUCGCGUGAAUACAGUCAUUCAGCUUCAGUUUUUCGACUCACUGUUAGGACUUACUCUACGGAGGGCUUACACGUACAGUUUCUGUUAUCACAUGAAUUCCAGCACAUGAUUUUUACUCCUAUUUUACUUUCCACAAAUACAGGCCGCCCCAGGGAAUGAUGCAGGGCAGGUAAGUGAUGUUGGUUGUUCAAGGUACUCCUGUUCAUGCAUCUUGAUGAAAUUUCUGAGUAUGAAUCACACCCUUUUCUAAUUUCUUUUUUUAUUAUCACGAUUUUGGAGUUGUAGUUAGAGGAAGUUGAUGUUGAUAGAAGUCAUUGCAUAUUAAAUACCGUGUUAGUUUACACAGGGUCAAACUCUAUUCCAGGUUAAUAAAUUAGCUGGCAGAGAUUAAAAGCUAGUAAGAAUCGUCUUUGGUAUUUUACAUUCCACAAAAACUGGUACGGAGGAUUGCCGCAAAAAAUGCUUCAGCGCAAGUAACUGAUGUUGUCUGCUACAAAUCGUGGACACCAAAUUUCGCGUGAAUACAGUCAUUCAGCUUGUUUUUCCAAGCACUGUUGUCAGGACUUAAUCCACGGAGGGCUUACACGUACAGUUUCUGUUAUCACAUGAAUUCCUGUACCAGAUUUUUACUCCUAUUUUACUUUCCACAAAUACAGGCUGCCUCAGGGAAUGAUGCAGGGCAGGUAAGUGAUGUUGGUUGUCCAAGGUACUCCUGUUCAUCUUAAUGAAAUUUCUGAGUAUGAAUCAUACCCUUUUCUAAUUUCAUUAUUAUUAUCACGAUUUUGGAGUUAGUAGUAGUAGGGGAAAGUGAGGCAGAGAAUAAAAAUCAUUGCCAAAAUACCAUGUUAGUUUACAUAGGAUCAAACUCUAUUCCAGGUUAAUAAAUUAGCUGGCAGAGAUUAAAAGCUAGUAAGAAUCGUCUUUGGUAUUUUACAUUCCACAAAAACCGGUACGGAGGAUUGCCGCAAAACAUGCUUCAGCGCAAGUAAGUGAUGUUGUCUGCUGCAAAUCGUGGACACCAAAUUUCGCGUGAAUACAGUCAUUCAGCUUGUUUUUCGAAUCACUGGUACGACUUAAUCUACGGAGGGCUUACACGUACAGUUUCUGUCAUCACAUGAAUUCCAGUCCAUGGUUCUUUUUUUUCUCUCUCUCUCUCUCUCUUUUACGUAGAUUGUCAGUCAAAGAUAUAGACCUACUAAUUUCAAAAACUUGUUGUUUUUAAGACGCUAUAAUUGAUUUUUACUCCUAUUUUACUUUCCACAAAUACAGGCUGCCCCAGGGAAUGUGGCAGGACAGGUAAGUGAUGUUGGUUGUCCAAGGUACUCCUGUUCAUCUUAAUGAAAUUUCUGGGUAUGAAUCACUGAACCCUUUUCUAAUUUCUUUUUUUAUCACGACUUUGGAGUAGUAGUAAGAGAAAGUGAGGCAGAUAGAAGUCAUUACAAAUGAAAUACCGUGUUAGUUUACACAGGAUCAAACUCCGUGAUUCCAGAGCCAGCCAUGUAAGUGUAGAAGGUAACAAUUAAACUAGCAGUAUAGAGCAUUUCCACUAACGUGGGCAGCAGUUAUAGAGUUAUUGGGGCAAAAUGAACUGUUUACAUACCAAAAAGUUUCAAUUCCUACAGGAUUGGUCACCGCCGUUUUUAAUGUUGUCUAGGGACAUACAAAAUGGCGGACGCGAAGUCAAGCGAAAAGAUUCUCUUUGUAGCAUAGCCAGAGAGAAUGAAGCUAUUAAAAGAGUCUAAUUCUCUGCAGGCUUUGAGGGUUUCGUUAAUCAUUGUACGUAUUCCAUGUAUUCCAUUUUUAGGCAGAAAUUUGGGUUCUUGAUCGGCCAGACUGGAAUGAACUGCCGAGAGCAACUGUCAGACAGCAAAAUUCGUUAGCCGAGGCCACGUACAGUUUCUGUUAUCACAUGAAUUCCAGUCCAUGAUUCUUUUUUUUUUCUCUUUUACGUAGAUUGUCAGUCAAAGAUAUAGACCUACUUAUUUAAAAACACUUGUUGGUUUUAAGACGCUAUAAUUGAUUUUUAUUCCUAUUUUACUUUCCACAAAUACAGGCUGCCCCAGGGAAUGAUGCAGGACAAGU